AUGGACACAUCUUCAAAGACGUGGCUGCCGCAUCAGAGUCAGUUUGGGUUGGUUGGUCAAGUGGAGGUUUGCUGUGGCGGACCUGGAGUUUUAACCCCAAACCAAUCUCGCAGGGCAAGUUUUGCUUCUGCAAGACAGUCAAGCAUGGAAACCCCUCCCAAUGCCACCCCGCAGCCCUUCAGACAGCCGAGUUUUCUCAAUCGAAGGUUGAAGGGUUCCAUCAAGAGGGCUAAAAGUCAGCCCAAACUGGACCGGACCAGCAGCUUCAGACAAAUGAUUUUGCCUCGCUUCCGUAGUGCCGACCAAGAGAGGACUCGCUUGAUGCAAAGCUUCAAAGAAUCCCACUCCCAUGAGUCCCUACUUUCUCCCAGCAGUGCUGCGGAGGCUUUGGACCUAGUUUUGGAUGAAGAGGCUAUAAUCAAACCUGUCCACUCUAGCAUUUUAGGACAAGAGUACUGCUUUGAGGUGACCACCAGUUCAGGGACAAAAUGUUUUGCCUGCCGCUCAGCUUCAGAGAGAGACAAGUGGAUUGAGAAUCUGCAACGAGCUGUCAAACCCAACAAGAACUCCUCGUUUCACUUUCAGGACAACAGCAGACGCGUGGACAAUGUGCUCAAGUUGUGGAUUAUUGAAGCUCGAGACCUUCCAGCUAAGAAACGCUACUAUUGUGAGCUGUGUCUGGAUGACAUGCUGUAUGCACGCACCACCAGCAAACCCCGGACCGACACCGUCUUCUGGGGAGAGCAUUUUGAAUUCAACAAUUUGCCUACCAUUCGUAGCCUUCGCUUGCACCUCUACAAGGAAACGGACAAAAAAAGACGCAAGGAAAAAAGCACAUACCUUGGCCUCGUCAGCAUCCCCAUCUCCAGCAUCACGGGCCGGCAGUUUGUGGAGCAGUGGUACCCGGUGAUACAGUCCAGCGUUUUGGCCAAAAGCGGUGGUGUCGGAAGUGCCAAAGUCAUCAACGCUUCACUGCGUGUGAAGUCUCGCUACCAGACAAUGAACAUCCUCCCAAUGGAGCUGUACAAGGAAUUUGCCGAGUACAUUACAAACAACUACCGAACACUGUGUGCAGUCCUGGAGCCGCUGUUGAGUGUGAAAAGCAAAGAGGAGGUGGCGUUUGCUCUGGUGCACAUCCUUCAAAGCACAGGGAAGACAAAGGAGUUCCUGUCUGACAUGGCGAUGUGUGAGGUGGAUCGAUUCAUGGACCGUGAGCACUUGAUCUUUCGGGAGAACACGCUCGCUACUAAGGCUGUGGAAGAGUACCUCAAACUGAUAGGUCACAGAUACCUCAAGGAUGCUAUAGGUGACUUCAUUCGAGCCUUAUACGAGUCUGAGGAGAACUGUGAGGUGGACCCCAUGCGUGUCCCGCCGUCAGUCCUUGCUGACCACCAAGCCAACCUUCGCAUGUGCUGCGAGCUGUUACUCUGCAAGAUUAUCAACUCUCUCUGCAUAUUUCCCCGGGAGCUGAAGGAAGUUUUUGCCUCGUGGAGAGCCAGAUGUGCCGAGCGUGGGAGAGAGGAUCUCGCCGACAGCCUCAUCAGCUCCUCCCUGUUCCUUCGCUUCAUGUGCCCAGCCAUCAUGUCCCCGUCGCUGUUCAACCUAAUGCAGGAGUACCCGGCUGAACGCACGUCCCGCACACUCACACUCAUAGCCAAGGUGAUGCAGAACCUGGCCAGCUUCAGCAAAUUUGGACCGAAGGAGGAAUACAUGUAUUUCAUGAACGAGUUCCUGGAGAUGGAGUGGGGCUCCAUGCAGCAGUUUCUUUAUGAGAUUUCCAACAUGGACACUGGAGGAAACGCUGGAGGGUUUGAGGGCUACAUUGACCUCGGCAGAGAAUUGUCCAUGCUCCACAGUUUACUGUGGGAAGUCAUGGGCCAGCUUAGCAAGGAUGCUAUUCUGAAACUCGGACCCUUACCACGGCUGCUGAACGACAUCAGUGUCGCCUUGAGGAACCCGCAGCUCCACAUGCCUACAAAUCACCAGCCAGAGCGACCGAAGGAUAGACUCUUCUCGCGACCAUCUUUCAAUCGUCUCAUGUCCUCCGACUUCCAAAGCCUUAUGAUGCGUGACUUAAACAGUUCAAUCGACAUCUCUCGCCUGCCAUCCCCUACGACUGGAGUGUCAGCUGUAGAAUCCCUCUCAUCGAAUCUGAACAUGAGGCGUCACGCAGAACGAGACCUUCGCUCGUCGAGAGAAGUUUUUUACGUGACCCGUCCACCGCUGGCUCGAUCCAGCCCCGCAUACUGUACAAGCAGCUCGGACAUUACGGAGCCUGAUCCAAAGGUUCACAGUGUGAAUAAAAGUGUGUCUAUGAUGGACCUUCAGGACUCCCGUAUGAACAGCAUUUCCAACCUGAACUCUGUGGGAGACAUGCUCACCUCCUCUCAAGCCUCCAUCGCCGGCCUCGGCCACAGCUUUGGGAACCUCGGCGGUCCUCUUCGUAUGGGAGGACAUAUGCCGACGGGCUCAGCAGGAUCCGGUUUGAGGCUGAGCCAGAUGGGCCACAUAGGGGGGCCCACCGAAUCCAUCUCUCAACAGCAACAGCAGGCAGCAGCAGCCAUGCACUUCCCCCUCUCUUUCCAGAACCCGCUAUUCCAUCUGGCCGCCCAGAACUCCCCAGCUCAAUCUCAGCCUCCUCCCCCUCCUCUCCUCCUUGCCCCCGAGCCUGAGAAUGGCCACCACGACUAUACACCCGCCUUUGGCAACAGUGCUUUCUCCCGCAGCGAGGACUUGUCCGCCCUGCGGUCACAGAGCAGUCUGGUGCAGCCCAGCAUUGUCCACUCACACAGUUACAGUGAUGAUUUCACCCGGCAGAAUCAGAGCAACGACUACGCCUGGCACCAGCUGUCACUGCAGGUGCAGGAGUCUCUCCAGCAACAGCACCUGAUGGGAGUCGCAUCUCAAACAGCCACUGGGACGGGCACCCCUGCCUCCUUGGCUACACCUCCCACUACGGUUCAUCCUGUCCGCCAGUCAUCCAUCGCUCCACCACAGCACCUCAAGUCCCAGCGGUCCAUUAACAAUCCAGCUACCGCCACGCCUCCAAAGGUUCGCCCGCAGAGCAGGAACCUCCUCCUCGACUCCUCUGACGCAACUUACAGCGGCAGUCAGCCAAAACCACGGCAAACUCAGCAGCCGCAACAGCAGCAACAGCAGCAGCAGCAACAGCAGACACAGCAGCAACAACAGGAGACCCAGCUAUCGGUGACAGACAGUCCAGCUCCUGGGCUCCCGUACCAGACGAGCUCUGCCAAAGACAACCAGGGCCCGCCAGCAGCCGCAGAGGAGUCAACAGACACGCCAACAAAAAGCACCAAGAAGCCUCAGUCACAACUGCAGCCCCCACAGCAGCAUCUGCUCAAGCCAGUUGUCAAUAAACAGGGUUCUCAGUCGACCUUGAGCACCCCGGCCCUCAAUGAGCGGACGGUCGCCUGGGUGUCCAACAUGCCACACCUCUCUGCUGACAUUGAGAGCCUGCGGCCGGAUCGUGAGGGUCAGCUGAAAGAGUACUCCAAGAGCAUGGAUGAGUCACGAUUAGAGAGGGUAAGAGAAUACGAAGAAGAGAUACACUCCUUGAAAGAAAGGCUGAAGAUGUCUCAUCGCAAGCUUGAAGAAUAUGAACAAAGACUUCUGACGCAGGAACAACAGACAAACAAGAUCCUGCAGCAGUAUCAGAGCCGCCUGGAGGACAGUGAGCGCCGCCUGAAGCAGCAGCAAAUGGAGAAGGACUCUCAAAUCAAAGGCAUCAUCAGCAGACUCAUGGCUGUGGAAGAUGAGCUGAGAGGGGGUGCCAUACCUGAUAUUAAGCCUCGAAUCCUCACAGACCAGUCUAUCAGCCAGGGCUAUGGUGGGCACCCAGGAUCCUGACUGCCAAUUCCAAAGUGACCAGAGUUCAUGAUGGUCACUCGAGUGUAAGAAGACUGAUUCAGAUCCUCUACAAAAUCCCCAUGAUGAUGCAGAUCUGCAGUGGACCCAGCAGGAC